CACUGCGAAUUUCAUAUUGGCAACGGUCAAAGUAGACAGGCAAAAAAAUAGAAGCAGUGAAGCACAGAGAGAAAGUUAACCACCUUUUGCCAGAACUUGUUAUUUAUCCUUGUUUUCUCCGUUCAGUAGAAUCAGAGACUGUCAUGGAAGCGCUGUUAAGUUCGGAGCCUUUUCUCUCUAUUCGGGUCGCGGAACCUUGCCGCCUCAACCGUUUGAAUAUUCACUGCUCUCUGCGGUUUCCCGCGGAAAUUGGAGGUCGUUGUAUCGCGAGAGCUCGCUCGCCGGCGGUGAAAGCUGUUAUAGACUCGGCGACGCUGGAUCAAUAAGGAAUAUCGGAAUCCGAAAUUAGGAAUCCCGCGGUUUCUUCCACUUAUCCGAGCUCGAAGUUGCCGAAGCCGAAUCAGACUGUGCUGGAAGCUCAGGCUAGGGUUUGCACCGGACCUGAAAUGACCAAGCCGCUUAGCGAGGAGCAAGCUUUCAAAGUUUUCGACACCAUUUUAAGAUCAGAUGACAAAGACAGUUCGAAAGAGUCAUUGGUUUCGGCGUUCUUAAUUGGUCAGCGGGUGAACAGGGAGACAGAUCGUGAAUUGAAAGCAUAUUGCCUUGCUUUUGAUGAUGAACUUGGUCCUCCUCCAGUUGCUGAUGUGAGAUCAUUGACCCAUUAUGGUGAACCUUAUGAUGGGAACACACGUUUCUUCCGGAGCACGUUGUUUGUUGCUGCUGUUAGAUCCUGUUAUGGUGAAUCUUCAUUGCUCCACGGUGUGGACUGGAUGCCACCUAAGGGAGGGAUAACCGAAGAACAAAUGCUGAAGUUCAUGGGUGCAAAUACACACCUAAACCCGUUGCAGGCGAAAGAGCUUCUUGAGGAUAAAGAUCUUGGUUUUGCCUACUUAAGUCAGCGUGAGGCUCGCCCAUCCCUAUUUUCAUUAAUUGGGUUGAGGGAGCACAUAAAGAAGCGUCCCCCACUGGCAACCACAGAAAAGGUUCAACAGUUAGUAAGGGCCAAGGGAAGGGAAGCAAUUGUUGCUGGAUUCUAUCAUGAAGGCUAUGAGGAGCCUCUUUUGAUGCUUAUGAGAAGAAGAGGUGUACAUUCUGGUUUGGUGGUUAAGGGUGAGGAAGGUGCCCUCUCUAUGACAACAAGACUGAGGUCAGGAAAUGCAUCAAAAGGACUCCCGGUCAACUACUGCUCUGGAUUUCGCUCAUCCACUGCGGCAUCUGCUCUUGAAGUCGAUGGUGUCUCACGUCAGAGCUUUAGCAUUGCUGUCAACGCCAAGGAUUAUGGCUUUGAACCCACCGAUACUCCAAGAACAGAUAGAUCGGUUUCCAAGAACAUAGAGCUAGGUCUGGCAGCUCUUCAUGGCCAAAAGGGUCCUGCAUAUGAUCGUAUUGUAUUAAACGCUGGAAUGAUUGAUCACUUGCUGGGAUGUGACGUUGCAGAAGAUGUAAAUUCAGCCCUGGAUAGAGCUAGAGAAGCCAUCGAUAGUGGUCGUGCACCCAAAAGGUUCCUAAAUUAUAUCAAGGCCAGUAAUAAGAUGAAGUGAAUGAGGUCUACAGUAUCCUUUCCACUGGUGUAACACAUUACCUUCUUUCUCGUCCUAGAUCAGAGUGUGAAUGAGAAAUGCACAGUUACAUGUGAUUUAUAGGGCCGUGUUUUUUGCAGAAUCUCAAGAACAUUGCCUUUGGGAGCAAAUGGAUGCUCUUUUUUGUUCUUCUUCCAGCUUUUAUUCAUUACAAUCCAUCAUUCAUUAUAAAUAAGAAAUGCUAAAGACAACA